GUACAGUCCGUCUCGAUUUGGCUUGUGCCGUGCUCGAGCCCGUGCCCGCAAGCAAACCCUGAAAACCCUAGAAAGGGUGGAGAGGCCUUUGGCUUCCCCUUUUUGCGUGGCGAUCGAGGGAGGAGGCGUGCCUGCGAAGCGAUCACCACUCUGGGAAUUCUUCUGCCGUCGGUUUCUUAGCUCACCGUUUGGGAUUCCGUUCGGUGGUUUUCUUUACGUUUCGUUCUUUGCCUUCGUCUCUUCGGGUGGGCGUUUCUUAUCUGCGGUCGGUUGGUUUCGUGGAGCUGAUUGAGAGGGAGAAGGUGGGAUGUGACAAGAUGGAGGGGAGCUUCGGAGGUGGUGGUGAUGAUGGUAUUGGAAAGAAUGGGGGACCAAGCGACGGUCGGCCGCCAAACCCUUUCGCCGGAGCGUCUCGGCAGUUCAUGGGCGGGGCCCAUGGCGAGUCACCUUGUAAGUCGGCUCUCGGUCGCCAUGACUCCCUUGUUGCUGUUCCUGGAGCUCUAUUUGAGGAUAAGCCUCAGUCGGCAAAUGAUACUUGGAGGAAACUUCACUCUGACCCUUUGCUCCUUAUCCGUCAGCGUGAGCAGGAAGCACUUGCUCGAAUAAAGAAUAAUCCCAUAAAGAUGGCAAUGAUUAAGAAAUCUGUAGAAGAUGAGAAAAAGAAGAAGCAAGAUAAGAAAGAAAAGAAAAGGCAUAAGGAUCAUCACCACAGUAGGUCAAAGGAUGAUAAACGCUCAUUGAGACGUUAUUCUGAUUCAGGUACUGAUCUGUUCCCCUCUCUUGAAUUCGAUCAAGCGUUUGUUUCCCGUGUGGAUUUUAUUCGACAAAGGUUUCAUCCUUGCCCCUUUACCACGGUUCUAAAUCGUUUCUUCGUUCUUGAUUUGAACCCUAGAAUGAUGGAUGCCUUCCAUCGUUUUUUUUUCGAUUUUUUCCGAUCUUUAAGAGCUUUUCUUUGGAUUCGUUGUGUUCUAAUUCCCGAUACGUCGAUAUUGGUUCGUUAUCAUCGGUCCUUUUGUGUUGCUAAUUCUUUGUAUUUCUUGAUCAUUGUUCGUGAUCAUCGGUCCUCUUUUUUUAUUUCUUCUCUUCUCCGUCUUCUAUGCAACUAGGGUUUUUCUGUUUUACGAUUCGAUGUUCCGGGAUAAUAUGGAGGGCUUUAACUCUUCUUGCUGUUGAUCAUAGUAAUUCGAUUACGAGUGCUUAAGUUUCUUGGUUGUUUCUGGAAGAAGGGCAAAGAUAAACCACUCAACCACACAACCAGAAACUAGUCAAAGACUCUUCUCCCUACUUUGGCGGCUUGUGUAUACGAAACUGAUCUAUGAAAGACUCGCAUUUAUGACAGUUCGUUGAAUCUAGGUUUGAGCUGUAACAAAGGUAACAUGAGAGGAUUGAUUUUGAUUGUUGGUUGUCGUCCACAAGCUUCUUUGGUUUGAGGAAAUGAAAUGUUUUAGGACCAAGAAAACCUAAUAUUGCUUUAAAAAAAUUGAUGCAAUUGUUUCAAGUUUGUUUAUUUUA